CCCGCCUCCUGCCUUGUGCGUGGGUGAACCUGAGGAGCAGACAUGGCCGUCCUCGGAGCACAGCUGGUGGUGACACUGUUUGCGGCCACCCUCAUGCACAGGCUGGCGCCGCACUGCUCCUUCGCCCGCUGGCUGCUCUGCAAUGGCAGUUUGUUCCGGUACGUCCAUCCAUCUGAGGAGGAACUGCGGGUGCUGGCAGGGAAACCAAGGCCCAGGGGCAGGAAGGAGCGGUGGGCAAAUGGCCUUCAUGAUGAGAAGCCAUUGUUGGUGCCUCGAGAUGCCCAUUUCCAGCUGGCGACCUGUCCCCUCACGGCUGUGGAUGCCCUAGUCCUGCGCUUCUUUCUGGAAUACCAGUGGUUUGUGGACUUUGCUGUGUACUCCGUCGGUGUAUACCUCUUCACGGAGGCCUACUAUUUUGUGCUGGGCCCGGUUCAGGAGACCAACAUCGCUGUGUUCUGGUGUCUGCUCACCCUGGCCUUCUCUCUCAAAAUGUUCCUCAUGGUGACCCGGCUGUACUUCAGCGCCAAGGAGGGUGGCGAGCGCUCCGUGUGUCUCUCCUUCGCCUUCUUCUUCCUCCUCCUGGCCAUGCUGGUGCAGGUGGUGCGGGAGGAGAGCCUGGAGCUGGGCCUGGAGCCAGGCCUGGCCAGCGUCACACAGAACCUAGAGCCUGUUCUGAAGAAGCAGGAUUGGGACUGGGCACUCCCCGUGGUCAAGCUGGUCAUCCGCCUUGGACUGGCAGUGCUAGGCUCUUUGCUGGGAGCCUUCCUCAUUUUCCCUGGCCUGAGGCUGGCCCAGACCCACCAGGAUGCCCUGACCCUGUCUGCAGACCGGCCUCUGAUGCAGCUGCUCCUGCACGCCAGCUUCCUGUCGCCCCUGUGCACCUUGUGGCUCUGGACAAAGCCGGUUGCUCGGGACUUCCUGUAUCAGGCAUCUAUGAAGAACGUGACCUUUUCUCUGCCGUCAGAAGGGGCCUUUGACUCCUUGCGCCUCUGGGUGCUGGUGGCCCUGUGUCUGCUGCGGCUGGCGGUGACCCGGCCACACCUGCAGGCCUACCUGUGCCUGGCCAAGGCUCGCGUGGAGCAGCUGCGCAAGGAGGCUGGCCGAAUUGAGGCCCGAGAGAUACAGCAGCGGGUGGUCCGAGUUUACUGUUACGUGACCGUGGUGAGCCUGCAGUACCUGACUCCGCUCAUCCUCACUCUGCAUGGCACACUGCUGCUCAAGACCCUGGGUGGAUACUCUUGGGCCCUGGGCCCUGCUCCUCCUCCAGUGGCCCCAUCCCACUUCUCAGACACUUUGAUCUCUGUAGACCCAGCAGGAGAUGAGGCCCAGCAGACUGCUGCCCAGGUCGCAAGGAUCCUGGGUAGUCUGCUCACGCCCCUCUUCCUCCGUGGGGUGCUGGCCUACCUCAUCUGGUGGACCGCUGCCUGCCAGCUGCUUUCCAGCCUCUUCGGCCUCUAUUUCCACCAGCACCUGACAGUCUCUUAGCAUGAUGCUUUCUAGGUGCUGGCCACCAGGACUUCGACUGUCCCCUGUGCCUCAGAGCCCCUAGAAUACCUAGGGCUUAAGGGUGGGAACUCCCCACUGUCUCUCACUUCAGUGCCUAGAUCAUGGACUCCUUGAAUCACUCUUCCUUGGGCCUAGAGGCCAUGGGCUUCUGUGUGUGUGUAUGUGUGUGUGUGCAUGCACACAUGCACGCGCCCUUUUUACAGAAAUAUCCAAGAGGCUAGGGAGAUGAGCAGGGGAGACCUAGAUGGUGUGUCAGGUCUGAGAGAGAGGUACUAGGAAGGAGUGGAAAGCUGGAGGUCAGAGGCGGCUAUGAGAGAGCUAGUGGUGGGGCUCUGGCUGUCACUAUGACCAGGAGGGAGGCUGAGGAAGGAGGAUUAGCCUAGACUAGUAACAAGAUCAUGUCUCUAAAACAAGAAAGGGAGAGAAACUGUCACCAUCCUCCAAAGCUGUGAGGAUAAUGGCUGUCAUGGAUUUCUAGGCCUUGGUGACUGAGACUCACCCCAGCUCCAGGGUUGUCCUCUUGCUGUGACUUAGUGUGCAUGUGUGUGUUUGUGAGACAGGCAUGGGCUGUGUGACCCUCCUGCAUAUACAGACUGUGUCCUGAGAAUAAAAACAAAUGGAGGGCUCCAGCGAUGCCUGACCGCGCUACCAGUGUCACCCGACCCGGCUGUCUGGAUGACAUGUUCAGGAGCCAGUGCUCAGUCUGGUUCUGGGGAGAAGGCACCUGGUCUCUGUCCAGGAAGACUUCGAGAGAGUGCCUGUGAGCACAGACACAGGUCCCACGAUACGAUAGGUCUGUAUGUGAGAGCAGGGAGCAGAGGACAACUCAGGGAGCAGGUCCUACAUCUUGAGACAGGGCCUCUUGUACUCGCCCGAAUCCUCAGGUUAGCUGACCAGUAGCUUCAGGGAGUCUCUGGUUCCCACCUCCCACUCUGCUGUAGCAGUGCUGGGAUUACAGAUUGAUGCAGCAGUGUCCCACUUUAUGUGGAUUCUGGGGACUUGAACUCGGGUCUUUGUGAUUGCAACAAGUCUGGCUGAAUGAAUCCAUGGGAUUUCCUUGAAGGUCUAUAUAUAGUUUCUCUGCCUUCAAACUGACCCUGACAAAGGGCUGUAGGAGCUUCUGGAAGGUCCAUGGGAAUCAGAGAUGGACAAGAAAAGGGUAAUGCCUUGCAGGGGGCACAAAGGAACAGACAGUGCUGGAAAACAAAGGCUCUGCUCUGUGGGACUAAAGAGUGUAGAGCAUACAUCUCAGAGGGUCUCACCCCAGACACUUGGCUGAGGGCUAACCCCGGCUGGGAUGUUUCUAAGCAGAGGUUCCUAGGCUUGUAGCUGAUGCCUCUGGUUGCUGAGCAUGGUGGAGCUCGGCUCAUGACUCUGGAGGGAGAGGCAGGCCAGUCGUCAUUAUGCAAGAAUUUGAAGCCAGCCUGGAUUACAUACUUUUGACAUGUAAAUAAAUCUAUGAGGCAUUUCAUUUUUGGCAGAUUUA